AUGGCAUCCGCUCUGAGAAAUGUGGUGAUAGUCGGGGCUGGAGGAAACUUGGGCUCGCAUGUUCUCCAAGCGUUCCUUGCCUCGGAUGCAUUCAACGUCACCGUGCUUUCGAGAGAAUCCUCUGCCAGUGUGUUCCCGGACGGUCUGCCCGUGAUCCGGUCGGACUAUAGUCCUGAAUCCCUUGUCUCGGCGUUCCAGGGCCAGGAUGCUGUCAUCAGCGUCGUAGGACGAGGCGGGUAUGCCCACCAGCAGAAAUUGGUCGAUGCGGCGCUGGCAGCUGGAGUGAAACGGUUCAUUCCCGCCGAGUUCGAGGGCAAGAAGGCCAAAGUCGAUUACUUGAGGGAGAGAGAGGACCGGAUGAGCUGGACGACAGUCAUCACAGGUGCCUUCUUCGAUUAUGCUCUCAAGAUUGGAUUCUUGGGGUUUGACCUCCAGUCCCGCGAAGCGACCAUCUACGAUGAAGGUGUCACCCCGGCUUCUGUCAGCACCCUGCCCCAAAUUGGCCGUGCUCUUGUUGCCAUUCUGCAGAAUGCGGAAGCCACGAAAAACCAAUACGUCUACGUGGAAUCAUUCACCGUCACGCAGAACGAUGUGCUCCAGGCCCUCGAGACGGCCACGGACGAGAAAUGGAAGGUUGACCACGUGGACCUCCAACCUCUCAUCAAGGAAAGCACCGAGCGGUUUAACAACGGCGACCUCGCGGGGGCACGGAUCUUGAACCUGGCGGCGGGAUUGGCGAAAUUCCCAGAUGGACCGUAUGGCGAUUGGAGUCGAGUGCCGGGUGGCUCCUGGAAUGUCAGGUUGGGCUUGGAAAAGGAAGAAUUGGAUCAGGUUGUUCGGUCACUCAUCAGUGACGAUGCUGGAGCGGCUGGCCGGAUGUAG